AUGGCCAAGAAAAUCCGACCCAACCGCCCCACUACACCCCGGAGCGUCAACAAGACUACUCCCGGUGACACGAGUGUCACUGUCGACAUAGUAUCUGCUUCGGGAUCUGAGUCUUCGUGCGAGGAGAUGAGCUACUCAGACAACAUGUCUCCACUCCACUCUCGUGAGCGUCUGACGCCAACGUCACCAUCAGUCAUCGUCGAUAUCGAGAGCGACAUUGAGGAAUACAAGAAGCGUGAUGGCUUCAGGUCUGCCAUGCACAGCUUCGUGCGACUCGCCAAGGCUUUUGCAUCCCCCUCAUCCGGCGUAUGGUCAACUGAUAUGACUGCUAUGGUCAAACAGAUGGAAGAGCGUCUGUCUGAGAUGAAGGAGCAGUAUGCUGUGGCUUUCGAUGUGUCUCUGUCUGAGGUGGAGAAGCGGUUUGCUAAGGAUCCCGAUCAGUUUGAAGAUUCUGACGAAGAAGAUUAUGAUCUGGACGACGGAGAGUUCGAGGGCGAGGAGCUGGGUACCUUGCCGGCGACUCACUUCAUUCAGAAGAUGGAAGCCGCAUCUGCUACCGAGAAAUCACCGGCAAGGCGCGAGCAAGUCGUUGUCCCACCUUAUAUGGCUUAUGUAGUUGCCCGCAUUCAGGAGCUGUCCGACAUUCGGGCCGCCGAAGUAGCUCGGCGUCAGUCCCAAGGGUAUCAUGAAGCCGUGUCGACUGGAGAUGAUAUCAAGGACUCGCUUAUCUCCCAUCUCAAGCAGCUCGAGGGCACUUCAAAGCCUGUUCAGAAAUCCCCAUCCGCUACUGCAAAGUCUUCGAACGCCACGGACGCUCUCGUUGCGGAUUCUGUAACCUCGCACGCCCAGUCACUCUUGGCCAAAUGCAAGGUGCCCUUGGCCACCAUAUUGGCCACUGCAUUGUUCCGGUUUUGCAUGGACCAUCCAAAGGAUUUCACCGCAAAGGAUGCAUACAACGUUACGCGCAUGUGUAGUGGCGAUGGAGAAGUUGCGCUCCGUCUAUACCAGCAGGCCGCUGAUGAUCCGCCUUCACUCAAGCAGGCGUUGAAGGAGUGGAUGUCUUCACACCAGGACAACGAUGACAACACAGCAUCCAUGCUUCGCGAUGAAGCCAACGAGACUGGUGUCAAGCAAGCGUAUUGUGAGAGUGAGGCGUCUGACGACACUGCUUACUCUGCACCUGCUCAGUUGGAGAAGGGUCACCAAGGAGCCGCAGAUGGCACAUGUGCGGACGCUGUGUGGGGUACCAAGACUGUGGUUCAGCAUGUUGAUGAUUGCUUGAAUACAUGGUGCAACGGUCGCUGCGUUGAGGAACUUGCUCAUGAAGCCGAUUCGGCCACUGUUCACCACGACUCUGCUCAGUUGGAGAAGGAUCGCCGUGCUGCGGCUGCUGCCAUAUGGGCUAGCACGUUUGAGGAUAUCGCUUCCAUUCAGCAUGCCGAUACUUUCUGGAUUCCAUCGUGUAAUGGCGAAUGCGUUAAGCGCCUUGCUCACAAAGCCGAUUCAACUGCACCUGAUGACGGCUUCUGGGGCUCGAUCGAUGGCGAAGCCAUUCCUACUUGCGCAUCUGGGUGGGAAGAUCUCAAAACCGCCUCCGAUAUCGAUGAACAUGACAUUCCUGACGACACCGCCGAUGACUCCGCAGCCAAGCUUCCAGAGCCUACCGAUUACAUCGUCACCUACUGGGCCACCAUCGAGCACGAAGGCCAGGCCGUCCACAUCCCCAUCGACAGCAGCAACGUUUCCGGCCCCGAAAAAUUCAUCAUCGAAGGCAGCGCAGGCAUGAACAAGGUGUGGAAGUGGGUCCAGGAAAAGGGUCUCACGGAUAAGAUCAGCCUCCAGGAUGCGUUUGACUUGGCCAAGGAUAUGCAGGUUGAAGCACCGACUGCCGAAGAGUCUCGUAAGGAGGAGAGCGAUGGAGGUGAUGACUCGGAGUAUGUUCCUUCGUCUUCUUCUGGUUCUUCUUCUUGUACUGCCCCUUCUUCUAAGCAUCCUUCGAACAAGGCGCCCUCUCCUCCUGGGGAUCUUUGGGGCAGGACGCCCUCGCCUCGUGUCUCUGUUUUUGAGAGUCUUUGGGGUGAGUUACCCGCGCCUCAUGACUGGCCGACUUCGAAGACUAUCCUUGGCUAUGCUAGAUAG